AUGUCACUAUUCUCGACAUGUCAGUGGACGUCCACUCAUGCCUUUGUGCUCGUGCCUGCGGAUGUGAGCUUCAUUUCGCUCCUCAAGCUCUUCCGACCAUUCUGCGCUCAUGAUUCCGACGCCGCUGCCCCGUCUGAAGUGACGGCUGUGCCUGAGCACAAGACCGACAUCGCGGUGCCUGCAGUCCAGCAUCAGGAAGUCCACCACAAGGGAAAGCGCUCCUCCGUGAAGAUCAGCCUGGCGGACCUUGACCUCCCCGAGGAUGCCAAGAAGGAGUUUGACGUCGAUGGCGACGGGACGGUGAAUGUUACGGAGCUGAUCGCGUAUGUGAACCAGCACAAGGCUCUCAAGAAGAGCCACGGCUUUGUGAUGAAGGCCUUCUUUGCCGUGAUCAUUCUCAUGAUCUUGUUCCUCUUGAUCUGCUUGGGAGCGACCGUCGUGGCCAUCCAAAUCACCAAGGAGAUGACCGUCAGCAGCAGCGGUGCCCUUACGGCCGUGUCCACGUCAUGCGCCGACGGCGCCGAGACCUGCGAGAAGCCUCUGUCCACGGGGCCCACGAAGCGUGACUCGCAGAAGCUCACUUCCACCAUGCCCGAGAAGGUCUUCGAGGAGCUGAAGUCUCUCACCUUGCAGCUUCCCCACCAGAACGGCGAGCUGGUUUCUGUCACCUUAGACGUUUCCAGCUUCGAGCGGCGCAUGGUUCCCACGAGCCGCUGUGGAAGUGUCGUGGACCUCGAAACGAUCCACGGAUCCAUCAUGCUGGAUGACACCGAGCUGCUGGUCACGGAGGAGUUUGUCCUCAAGAUGAACUCCCGCGGUUACGACCUCCAGGAGGACGUUCCGCUGGCUGUGGACGGGGGAAGGCGCCUCAGCGUCGGCUCGGACAUCGCCGGGAUGUUCAACUUCAUCGCCGAGUAUGAGUACAAGUGUCAGAGCCAGGUGAAGCCGCUGAGAAAGCUGGACCCUCCCUUCUCCUUCAGCAUCGACACCUAUCAGAUGUGCGAAGGCCCGACCUGCUACUCCGAAGUGGAAGCCCUGACCGGCAACGAGAGCAACCGCUCGAUGAUCAAGCUGCCCGGCUUUGCCAAAGACCCCCACGCCAUGGAGCAGUUCGUGAAGGGCAACUUCAUCAAGGCGAGGGAGGAGGUCUACGCAAUGGGCGCUGAUAGGAUUCUGACGGUUCAGGAGUGGCCCAACUUUCCGCUGAUGUCCCUCAUCUCCCUGCACGACUUCGCAGCCGGCAUGUUCUCUCAGAAGCAGGUCUUCAAUGAGAGCCACCCAACCUACUGCAGCACGCGUGAGUCGAAAGAUGAGGAGAACCAGAUGGCCAACAUGGCGGAUUUCGUCAUCUCGGCUGUCGGAACGACCUCCUAUCCGAGCGACCCUGAUCUGAAGUUCAACCGCUACAUCUUGUACCACAGGGAGCACCCGGACAAGGAGGAGGCCUACGUGGAGUUCUGGGAGGAGGUGGAGACAGGCAUGCCACACAAGUACUUCCUCCCCAACAUGGAGGACAGCCCGCGAGCCUACUUCACCAGCUUCCGCAAUCUUACCCAGGACGAGUUCGACGCGAUCGAGAACCGGUUGCUCCAACUCGACUGCCAUGGCCCUCAGGUUUAUGGCCUCACGACCCCAGUCAUGGACGAGGAUUUUGCAACACCUGCGGAUGAGAACAUCAGCAACCUAGAGUUCUACCGGAGCUUGAACGAGGUGUGCCUCCAGGAAGGAUGCAGCCUCCGCUUGAGUGAGGAGGACGCUGCGUACUGGGAGCUGGUCUUCUCCGUCGACUCACUGGGCAACACCUCAGACACGGAAGAGUCCGAAGACGACGCCGACGACGAUCUUGACAACGGGACGUCAAACGCCACGGGGCGGAGAUUGGCUUCGAAACCCGGUGUUUGUUUGAAGCAAUGCCAGAGCCUCAUCAAUGCUGGGUACACCUACAAGCGUGGGACGUCGCAGAACAAGGACUUCUUCGGAGUUGUGAAGUAUGCCUCUGAUUUCGGCACCUUCACAACGUCUGGCAAGGUCCCGUCGAGCUACGCAUCCUUCUCCGGUUCCGCAGGCGGCGGCAUCGCGUACAACAUUCCCCCGAUUUACAUCCGAAUCUAUGCCCGUGGAACGGCAAAGGGUGAAGUGCUGGCAUUUUGGGACGGGAAGACCUACUCGGCGUACUCGGGCUCGGUGACCAUCGGUUUCGAGGGCGGCCUGAACAUCCUCAUCGGCAAGAUCACCGUUGCCAUUGAAGGCACCGUCAGUUUCCAGUCGGCCGCCAGUGCCAGCUACACGCCCGCUAUGGAUGUCAAGGGCUCCAUCCGGGGCGAAGUCACAAUCGAGGUGCUUGGAGGGCUGUUCACCGCCAAGGCCUACGUGUCGCUGCAGGCGCAGUUCUGGAACCUGGGGCCCACCUUCAACGGUGCGGAUGACGACGAUGAUGAGUUUGCUGUCACAGGCAAGGCCGGCUUCGAGGCGACCGUCUUCUGGUUCUUCAAGGUUCGCUUCAGCACGCGAAUGGACAUCGUGAAGAGGCGCAAGCUCUGGAGCAACAAGAACUUGAUUGGCGACCAGGAUCCGUCCCAGAUCGGUCCCAAUUGCCACAAGAUCAGCGACCACGACCGGAAGUGCAAAGGCACCGUCGGAUUCCAGGGCUUCUACCCCGUGGAUGAUCGGUACCCCUACGACGACGAGAAGAACCUGGCCUGGCAGAAUUCGGGUACAUACUGGAAGUACGACAAGAGCACGGGCUCACAGGUCUUCAGGUCUGUGUACGCGGAUACUUUUCGGAAGGGGUCAUGGGGCCGCGACAACGCGCCGAAGAGUGUCAAGUGGUACUGCAGCGACGAGCGCCGGCGCCGCCGCAACAAGCAAUACCAGGACUGGGGCUUCCGCCGCAGGGAUGGCCGACGACGUUGGGACAGCUACGCCAUGGCAAACCGCUUCGUGGUGUUUGGCGACGGGGAGAAGAUCGGCCUGGUGGCAUACAACUGCCAGUACUGA